AUGGAUGCCCAGUGGAACGAGGAAGCGCCGGAGCUGGCCAGCAGACUCCCGACCAAGAGUGCCGGCACGAUCUCCACAACGGACACAGUCGGCAAUCUCGGGCUGGAGGAAGACAGCCCAGCAAAGCAUACCGAGGAUGCGCGGAAGGAUCGGAGAUACUGCUGCCACUGGCUGCGUGAGCUCUACGCCACCUUCGGCAAUUUCAUCCCCUUCGCCGUCAUAACCUACGGCGUCAACCAGAGUGUGGCCUGGCACAUCAGCACCUUCGCAUUGCGCUUCUACAUGAAGGAUGUGCUGCUACUCGAUGGUGCCACCAUGGGGCGACUGAAUACCGCUGCAAUACUUCCUUGGAACAUGAAGCCAUUCAUGGGUCUGUUGUCGGAUGGCAUUGCCAUCUUCGGGUAUCACCGCAGAUCCUACGUCAUCAUUGCUGCACUUUGCGGCCUGGUCUCGUACAUCUUGCUGGGAACCGUGGCAUUGCCGGCAACUGCGCUGGUGGUGGUGAUGAUUAGCAUCAACGCCUCCAUGUCCACCAUCGAUGUGAUCGUGGACGGCAAGGCAGCGGAGCUGACGCGGGAGGUGCCACGCCAUGCCUCAGAUCUGCAAUCCUUAUUCUGGGGUGUCUCUGCGAUCAUGGGCCUUUUGUCUUCGAGCCUCAAGGGCUCCCUGGUCGAAUGGUUCUCACCGCAGACGGUACUCCUCGGCAUGACCAUCUGCUCCGUCAGCAUCCUCCUGCCAGCUCUACGAGGCUGGCUGGCUGAAGAUCGCAUCCCAGAGGCUCGCUGCUGCCAGGUCACGCUGAGCCAGUUUCGCAAGCAUCCAUCUGUGUCAGCGGUGGCGUUGCUGCUGACCUUGGUCUCAACCCUGCUCUCGACCGUACAGGUCUUUGUCACCAGCAAGCACGCACGGGCUAUUGUCACUGUGGCUUGUGCCAUCGUCGUGGCCGUGCAGUCCUUCCGGGCGUUGAAGCAGAUCACGCCAUUCCUGGGGAGGACGGCACUCUUCGUGUUCCUCAGACAGUGCUUGCACACUGGCCUUGGCGACACGAUGUUCGUUUGGCGAACGAAGUAUCCGGGAGGCCCUCAGCUCAGCCCAGCCCAGCUUGGCUUCGUGGACUGCUUUGGCUCCCUCGGUCUGCUGGUCGGGGUGUGCAUCUACAACAAGUUCAUGACCAAUUGGUCCUUCCGUCGAAUCUUCCUCACAGCUCAACUCUUCUUCUUCCUUGCCCAGUUGGUGGAGGUUGUGCUUGUGAUGCGCUGGAACCUCCUUCUGGGCAUCCCAGAUUUCCUUUUCCUCGUGGGUGACGACACGUUCGGACUGAUGGUGUCCAGAUUCUUCUACAUCCCCAUGUGCGUGCUGGCGGCUAAGGUCUGCCCACCGAACCUCGAGGCAACCCUGUUCGCGACGCUCCUGUCCAUCAACAACUUGGGCUGGUCCAUUAGUGGAUUUCUUGGCGUGACGAUGUGCGAGGUCUGGGGCCUGGAGGGAGACAACUUCGACAACUUGCCGCUUGCCUCGCUGGUAAAAGCCUGCACGACGCUGCUUCCCCUACCCUUGAUCUUCGUGCUGACGCCAACUUUCAGCCCGAACGACCCAGUGCCUGAGGAGGGCGGAGAGGCCCGGGAGGCCACCACGUCCCAGGCCGCCGGUCGCCACGAGUCCACAUCGGAGGCAACUGGCGCCUGA